AUGGGCCCUGGUACAUCGCAGCUGAUGUCCCGGCGCAUUUAUGGCCCUAUCUGGAAGUCAACCUUCGGGCAUUACGAGAACAUCAACAUCGGGAGCCCAGUGGUGCUGGAGCAGCUGCUACGGCAGGAGGGCAACCCCUCGGGGGUGCUGGUGGGGGACGUGGCCAACCUGCUCUACCGCUUCGCCCUGGAAGGGAUCUCCUAUAUCCUCUUUGAGACCCGCAUCGGGUGCCUGAAGCAGCAGGUCCCCGCCGAGACCCAGCGUUUCAUCGACUCCAUCAACCUCAUGUUCAAGAACUCCAUCUUUGCCACUGUCCUGCCUCGAUGGAGCCGCAAAGUGCUGCCCUUCUGGGACCGCUACCUGGACAGCUGGGACACCAUCUUUGCCUUUGGCAAGACCCUGAUUGACCGAAAGAUGGAGGAGCUGGAGGGGCAGGUGGAGCGGGGCAAGGAAGGGUCUGGCUACCUGAGCUACCUGCUGGGCUGCUCGAGUACCAAUCCCAUCUCCCUCACUCCCCUUGGUGCUCUGCUCCCCCAGACCUCCAACACGCUGUCCUGGGCCCUGUACCACCUCUCCCGGGACCUAGACAUCCAGGAGACCCUGUACCAGGAGCUGAAAGCUGUUGUGCCUGCCGACCGAUUUCCUGGUGCUGAGGAUAUCCCCAAGAUGCCAAUGCUUCGGGCCAUUAUCAAGGAGACACUGAGGGUCUACCCCGUGGUGCCCACCAACGCCAGGGUCUUCUAUGAGAAGGACAUUGUCAUUGGAGACUACCUCUUCCCCAAGAACACCCUCUUCGUCCUGGCACACUACGCAAUGUCCCACGACGAGACCUACUUCCCUGAGCCCGAGCGGUUCCUG